UCGAUCUUACGGCCGCCAUCGGUGCGACUCGCGAAUCCCAUCAAUUACGUGCCGCGCAUCACCCCAGUCACUGUCCCCCGGUUCCCGCAGCCAUCGGAGGAGGAUCUGCCGCUCGAGGCGCAUCGGGACGCCUAUCCUCUUCUGACCAUCCCCGAACAACGCCGGAGUCGACUCAACCCGUCCCCCAAUAGUCUGUUGGUCGAGCGCAGCCAAGGAGAAACCGAGAGUGGCCGCUCCAGUAUCGCAGUGCCUCGAGGCCAGAGGCGCAGUGGCGCAGUCGAGGAAUAUCUGAUCUCGCAAGAAAUGUCCGAUCUGGGGUUGUCGAAUGUCGCCCAGGAUGCAUCAAAACCACGCACCCCGGAGCGGGCGCAUCUAGGCUUGGAGUUCAUGCCCGACGGCCCAGGACCGCACCCGGACGAUCGGCCCCGUCAUGUCCGGUCGCAAGUUUCACUGCGAUCGCAGUCUCAUAUCGCCUCAGUGCCCUCAAAUACGGGGUUGCCCGCCGGUGGAGAGCCUGAGAUGGCCGAAGAACUGGCUUGGGGCCCUGCUCACCCGUGCUUUCCUCACUUCAACCCGCAUGUUUCGAUCAACUCCGAAGAAUUCCUCACAACGCGUGUCAUCCGGAUUCGACGGGAUUGGAUGGUUAAAGGGGAUCUCGCUCCGACUUUCUCGAAUCUAUAUCCCGAGAUUCUCGAUCCGCUGCUUCCGGAGCAAGAAUUCCGCAGAGUCAUCGCUACGGUGAAUGACGAGCUCAUCAAAGCCUUCGAUCCCUUCAGCUUCCGCAAUAUCAUCGACAGCGUCUUGGGCUUGCUUACUGGCUGGUUAUGGGAGGAUGUGGGUGCUCCCGCGAUCAAGAGUCACUUGAACAGCGUGGAAUCGUGGCUAGAGAACUGGAAUAGGGAGGUUGGGGCGAAGGAUGGAGUGCACAUCUGGAGUCUGCGACGGACGGCCUAUCUUUCGUUAGAUAUCCAAAUCCCGGAUCCAAAGGUUGGUAUCAUUCCUAGUGAGAGUGGCUUCUCCUUGCCCGGAACUCGCCCGAGUAGUGGUGCGGUGUGA